GUGGGCACCUUUCGCGCUGCCAAUACUUAAGUUGGUAUCCUAUCUAAAUUGGAUUGGAUCAGUCAAGGAAACCCGACUGUUCCCCAGUCUCCGUCGAGCAUCGGCAUUGAUGGUGUGGUGAUAAAAAUCACGUGAAAAUCUCCGACCUUCGUCCUUUGUUCCGACCGUGGUAAAGUGCUCCACCGCUAUCCAAGUCAGGUCGGUAUUUUCUAGUGGUGGCUGAUGCCGGGGAUUAAGUAGGGAUCAUGCGCUUCCGUGGCGCAAACAAAAACAGAUUUAGACAGACCGGUGGAAGGGGGCAUGCCACGUGUUGGCAACUCGGUUGUCGGAAACCAAAAACUUGGACAGGAUACUUUCUUCAGGAAUCCGAACAAAAGAUUCGCCAACACGGAAAUGGUUAGUCAGUUGAGUGCCGACUGUUGACGAUAUUGGAUGCGGGUUUACCGGAAUCGUGAUCCCAACAACUGACCGCGAGGGAAUUCCCGGUUGUGAACUUUUGAUCUCUGUUGACGGAAAUAUGAGCGCGAGUGUUGAAUCGAUGAGUCUUGGAUUAGGCACUGCUGCCAUGUGGAGAUUUUCCGAGGAUCUGAACGUGGCUAGACGAUUUGCAUCAGUACGAGUCUAUCCCGGAAGUCAUUAUAAUCAUCAUCACCAUCAUCAUCAUCACCACCAUUCCCAUCCUCAUCGCGCGCCACUGCCGUUACUGUAUGGAGAACCAUACCAACUGUUGAACGCUGCCUCCCAUCGGCUGGUUGCUCAAGGUGGGCAGAUCCAACUGUGGCAGUUUCUGCUCGAGCUGCUUGCUGAUUCGUCAAACGAGCGCUUCAUCCACUGGGAGGGAACCAAUGGGGAGUUCAAGCUAAUCGAUCCGGACGAGGUGGCACGGAAGUGGGGCGAGCGGAAGGCCAAACCGAACAUGAACUACGACAAACUGAGCCGGGCUCUUAGGUAUUACUACGAUAAAAACAUAAUGACCAAAGUCCACGGAAAACGGUACGCGUACAAGUUCGACUUUCAUGGAUUGAUGGCAGCUUGUCAGGCCCAGGCGCAGCUCAACGAACCGGGAACCAGUUGUAUGAUCUCGCCAACGUACAGCAAAUAUCCGUCGCACGGUGAAUCAUACUCCGGAAGCCCAUCGACCACACUGUCCGAAAGCAGUCCGCGGAGUUUCGGAACAGCUGCCAGUCCGGAAUCGAUAUCGUCUUCCUCGCCUACCUCUCUGAUCCCGAACAUUAGUACAAGUAGUGCGUCUGGGAGCAAACAACCAACGAUGAUGUCGCCCCCCUACUGGCCAAACUAUUCGACGUACCCAUUCCCGUCCGGGCUGGCACAACCUGGCACAAUUGCCUCCAGCCUACCAACAACGGCUUGUUCCCCAGAAACGCCACCAACCACUUCGACGAGUGGCACUUCAACGACAAAUUUCAAUCAAUAGAUAUUAUUAACAAUCAUUAUUGGAGAAUCAGUGAGAUUCCGAUAGAGGUUCCUUCACAGCUUUCUGUACCUAGGAAAUAUACAUACAUGUCCUCAUAGAUGCUAAGAUGUAAUGCAAACAUGUGACAAAUUUUUUUUUAUUUGUUAUAAUAAUAGGUUUUAUUACAAUUUUACU